AUGAAUCAUUCAUGUCCAGAAGAACCUUACUUUUGCCCGUCAUUAUGGCCAUUAGACAUGCCGUCGCCCCAUUUGAUCACUUGGUCGUUUUUUGCCGCUCUUUUGUCACCAAUCACCAUCGUCUCAAACGCAGCACUAAUUUACGGACUGUACAAAAUGAGGCAGCUUAACACGAUCACGAACAAAUUCAUUUUCCUGAUGAAUAUAUCAGAUCUUGGCAUUGGAAUAUUCAUCAUGCCAUCCAUUGCUGCAAAUGUUGCUUUGAGAGGCAUGUACCGCAACUGUAUCGUUGAACUGGUUAUUCAAUAUUGCGCCCUUUUUCUCGGUUAUUUCUCCUUUUUCAUGUUGAUGUGCGUAUCUAUGGAUCGUUACCUUCACGUGAUGAAGCUCAAAAAGUAUAAUGCGUUCAUGAAUGAGUUUCGCAUGAAGGUGAUCGUUGUGUUUAGCUUCUUAACAUCAGCAUUAAAUGCUUAUCUAUCGAUCGCGAUUCCUUCCUUCCCGCUGCAAAUCACGUUGAAUUUAUGCAAUUUGUUUUAUGUUCUGUUUGUGUUCAUCUUGUAUUCGAUGGUGUUUCGCAGAAUUGCAUUGAAUGCUGAGAAAAUCAAGAAAAUGCUGAGAGAGGCCGGAGAAAAUUCUGGUAACCGAGAGGCAAGACGAGAAAUCUCGGCAACAAAAACGAUUCGCUUUGUCUUAGGUGCUUUGCUAGUUCUUUAUCUACCGUACAAUAUUUGCUCUGCAAUUUGGACGUAUUACAAAUACAACUUGAAGAGGAAUCCCCCAUUAAUCAUGAACGUACUAGAAUCUUGGGCCUACAUUAUCCUCUUAAGCAAUGCUGCAAUAAAUGCUAUCCUAUUCGCAUAUGGCAACGGUGUUGUGAGAAGAUUCUUGAUUGAACGCAUUACCAGAAGUCAAGUUGCUCCAAGCAGCCCGUGA